CCCACCGCCAGCCCAUCUCACAGUCGCUCUCACCUUCCUUUCUUUCCGCCGGCCGGAUUCUUUCUAUUCUCUGUCCAAGACUGAAGUCCGGAACCGCCAGUCUUGUUUUUACUACACCCAAGAACAGCACAUUCUCUUUUUUUAAAUCCUACAUUCUUUCGACACCACCCCAUCCCUUUUCAAGAUGCAGUUCUCCAUCUCGGCUCUCCUGGCCCUCGCGGCCGUCGGCUCGGCCGCCAUCAUCGACAACGAGGGCGUCCGCAACGUCGGCCGGGACCUGAUCGAGGUCCGGAGCGAGGAGCCCGAGGCGCUCGAGAGUCGCCAGGCCGGCGGCAACCUCCAGAAAUUCACCGGCAGCCUCGGCGGCGCCCCUCCCCCGGUCACCAACACCGGUGGCCAGCGGCCCUUUACGGUGAACGGCAACACCUUCAACAACGCCAAGGCCGCCCUCACCCGGUCGUGCGACAUCCAGAACAACCAAUGUUUCAACGCCGUCAACGGCGGGCGCCUCACGGGCGGUACGGCGCAGUGCGGGACGCAGAUGCAGCAGUGCAUCGCACAGGCGUCGGUGGCCAAGCGCCAGGCGGCGGGCGGCAACCUCCAGAAAUUCUCCGGCAGCCUCGGCGGCGCGGCGCCCGCCGUGACCAACACGGGCGGCCAGCGGCCCUUUACGGUGAACGGCAACACCUUCACCAACGCCAAGGCGGCGCUCACGCGCUCGUGCGACAUCCAGAACAACCAGUGCUUCAAUGCCGUCAACGGGGGGCGCCUGACGGGCGGCACGGCGCAGUGCGGGACGCAGCAGCAGCAGUGCCUGGCGGCGGCGGCGCUGGCCAAGCGCGCGGCCCCGCGCACCUUUGCCGACAACAACGGCCGCACCAUCGCCGACGGCGGCUGCUGCAACCAUGGCGUCAACCUGAGGCAGGACAUCUGCAACAACGGCGCCCCCGGCCGCUGCAUCCCCGCCGCGAGCACUCGCGAGGGCUGCGUCGGUCUGACUUGCGUCGUCAACACCAAGCUCACCUGCGACCCCACCAAGCAGGAUCGUGGUCGCGACCUGUGCACGCUCACCCCGGGCCAGUAA